AUGUCGGCCGCUCCAACACCUCACGCGUCUAUGUCGGCAGCAGCUUCGUUUCCUGCUACAGGCCCCGUGACGCCAGCACUCCCCCCACAACCAUCUACCCCGGAUCUACCGCCUCCGUCUACCUUUGAUGUGCUCCCCGACCUCCACAAGAUUCUCAGUCGCCUACUUCAAGCCUCUUCGCAACCCCCGCCUGCCACCGGCACCGCUCCAACCCCCACGCCGAGCCAGCCGCCCGCCGACGGGCCCCUCGAGAUUGAACAGGUAGCCUCCGCUACAGCCGAAGUCAAACUCAAGCUGCAGCGCGCUCAGAAGGCCGUCAUGGCUCUCCCCGGCAUCGACCGUACCUGCGAGGAUCAGGAAGACGAGAUAGCACACCUCGAGGCCCGCAUCGAGAAGCUUAGGGCAUCCCUGCGCCGGCUCGGCCAGCCGACUACUCUCGAGCCCGAGCUGCCGGAACAAGACGUGGAUCAGAGUAUGACGGGUUGA